GAAGGCCGGAGCCGGUGUGGGUGUCUCGCGGCAUCGCUCCCCUCGCUCGCUCCGCCCCGGCGCUUGUGGUUCCGCCUGCCCGCCUGUGGCUCAGCGUGCCGGGCCUGCUCUCCGCUGCCUCCCCGGAUCUCUUAGUCUGAACCCGGGUGCGUUUGCACUGCUAGAGGCACACUAAAAAAAAAAAAUCCCUCUAAGAAUGAAAUAUGACUGAUGACUCUCAGAGAAACUUUCGCUCAGUCUACUAUGAGAAAGUUGGGUUUCGUGGAGUUGAAGAAAAGAAAUCACUGGAAAUCCUCCUGAAAGAUGACCCUUUGGACAUUGAGAAGCUUUGCACCUUCAGCCAGAGGUUCCCUCUCCCAUCCAUGUACCGUGCAUUGGUAUGGAAGGUGCUUCUAGGGAUUUUGCCUCCACACCAUGACUCUCACGCCCAGGUGAUGGCCUAUCGCAAAGAUCAGUACUCUGACGUCCUUCAUGCCCUGACAGUAGUCCGCUUCAUCAGUGACGCCACCCCUCAGGUUGAAGUGUAUCUUCGCAUGUAUCAGCUUGAGUCUGGGAAGUUGCCUCGAAGCCCCUCUUUUCCGAUGGAGCCGGAGGAUGAAGUCUUUCUUGCCAUCGCCAAAGCCAUGGAAGAGAUGGUGGAGGAUAGCAUUGACUGUUACUGGCUCACCCGGUGCUUCGUGAAGCAGUUGCAUAGCAAGUUCCGGGAUUCCUUACCUCAGCUGCCCAAGGCUUUCGAACAGUACUUGAAUCUGGAAGAUAGUAGGCUGCUGAGUCACCUGAAGACAUGUUCUGCGGUGUCCAAACUUCCUUAUGAUCUCUGGUUUAAAAGGUGCUUCGCGGGAUGCCUGCCUGAGUCCAGUUUACAGAGGGUCUGGGAUAAAGUUGUCAGUGGAUCCUGUAAGAUCCUAGUGUUUGUAGCUGUAGAAAUAUUAUUAACCUUUAAAAUAAAAGUCAUGGCAUUGAACAGUGUGGAGAAGAUAACAGAGUUCCUGGAAAACAUUCCUCAGGACAGCUCAGACGCUAUUGUGAGCAAGGCCAUCGACUUGUGGCACAAACACUGUGGGACACCUGCCCAUUCAGCCUGACAACUUGUGACUUCGUGGACAGUCUGCAGGCACUCCCUGAGCACUCUGUCCAUGUCACUUGGUCACUAACUGUUUAGAAAUGGGAAUCUUGCUGUGGUGCUCAAAGUGCAACCCCCCACCCCACUCAGUAAAAUAAUUCAAUCACAGUG